GCAUGCGGUGAUGGUCGCCAUGACGAAGCCGGAAGUCCGGCGCGCAUCUUGAUCUCUGACAGCACAAUCAACAAUGUGAUGAGCGCGCAAUUCCCUACACGACCGAUAUCAAGACUCACAGGGCACAAUGGCCAAGUGCUCGCCCUCUGCUACAGCGCCGGAUCAGGCCAAUACCUCCUGACCGGCAGCACCGACCGCCACAUCCGCCUCUUCAACCCCGCCACCGGCCUCGAAGUCCAGAAAUACAGCGCCCACGGCUACGAAGUGCACGAUUUGAGCGUCGCGCAAGACAACGAUCGCUUCAUCAGUGUUGGCGGCGACAAGACUGUAUUUCUGUGGGAUGUGGCUACGCAUCAAACGCUGAGAAGAUGGAGUGGGCAUGCGGGACGCAUCAAUGCUUGUGCGUUUGCUGGGGAAGGGGAUGCUUUGGUUGUGACGGGGAGUUUUGAUUCGACGGUCAAGAUUUGGGAUUGUAAGCAGAGAGGGGAGAAACCCAUCAUGUCGCUUUCAGAGGCUAGGGAUGCUGUUUCGUCUAUUUCUGUGUCUGGAGCUGAGAUUUUGGCGGGUAGUGUGGAUGGCAGGGUUAGGUGUUAUGAUGUGAGGAUGGGAGUUGUUGAUCAGGAUGUUCUUGGUCAUCCUGUUACGUCUGUUACGCCUACUGUCAACAAUGACUCCUAUCUCGCCAGCACCUUGGACUCGACGUUGCGGCUCAUGGACAAGAGAGACGGCAAGCUACUCCAAGCUUUCCGACACGCCGACUUCAAGAACGAAAACUACAGACUACGCUCUACACUGGCUGCGGCAGACAGUCUUGCCAUUUCUGGCUCAGAGGACGGACACAUUUACGUCUGGGAUCUGUUGACUGGCAAUUUGGUUCACAAGCUCAAGCACUCUGCUCCAGCCCUCACGGACGGCACCAAGACUUUUGUUUCCAUGUCUUCAAAGAGAGAGGUGGUAAACUCUGUGGUGUGGAAUCAACUGAGAAAGGAAUGGGCCAGUGCUGGUGGAGAUGGCAGUGUUGUCGUUUGGGGAACUGGAUAA